AUGGAAACACCCCAAAAAGUGCUCAACCUAUUAACCAAGAGAGAGAUCGACCUGAAUGGGUCAACAUUCCGUAGACUAAUGCGCAAUGGCUUCAGGUACGUAAAAGAUUUAGCCGAAUUUCUAAAAUUACCAGAUGCAAUGGAUUAUUAUUAUAUAGAGCAGAUGGAAUUUUUAAGUGAUCUCUCCUAUCCAGCUAUGAUACCUCCAAUAGAUAUAAUGGAAAACAGACCCGAUAUUUACAGGAAAUGGUCCAUAA